AUGAGCGUUAUUUUUGUCUUAGGUGAUCCACAUAUUAUUGCACUUCGUACAACCAAAGCAAUAACAUGCAAAUUAUUGAACAAUCGUACAUAUAUAUCUAAUCCUCAUUUUAAAAUAACUGGUGUAUCGAAAUAUGUCGGUGAUCCAGAAUUAACGGCUACAGCAAUAACAUCUUUACAAAUUGAUUUUUUUAAUUCAGAUGGUAGUUUAAUUGCAUAUUAUCGAGUAUUAAAUGGAAAAUUACCAUUAGAAUUAAUCUAUCUUGAUUCAUUAUCACCAUCAAUUAUAAAAAUUGAUCAUAGUGAAAAACAUUCAAAUCAAGGUCAUGUAACAUUAAUUCAUAUUCCUACAUCAACAGAAAUAAUAGUUAAUAUGUGGUCAAAAUUUUAUUUUUUUCUUGUUCGUUCAUCUGAAUUAUUAUUAGAUAAUUCUGAUGGAUAUUUAAUAACAGGUUGUCCACAAAAUGAAAUUAUUGAUCGACAAGCAAUAAUUACACGUUUAAAAGAACGUUUUGCACAAAGUCAACGACAAGUUUCUGUUGUUGCAACACGUCAACGUCGUGAAAUAAGUUUAAAUGAAUCACAAUUACCACAACAAUGCGAACAUAUUUGUUUAUUAAAUGAAAAUGAUUUUAUUGAUGAAUGUAUGUUUGAUUGUUUAGCACUAGCAACAAUAAAUGUUACACAAGCAUUACAUGUUCAUCAAAUGCAUAUUACAACAAGUCGAGAACGACGACAACUUAUUGAAAAUGAUAAUCGUAUUGUUCAGGAAUUUAAAAAGUGUUAUAAAAAAGGUUUAGUAUGUAAAAAAAUGGAAGAUCCUGAUCUAAUAAAAGAUAAGGGAAUAAUAAAGCAAACUUCUCUAUUAACAAUAAUUAUUAUGUUAUGCUUUAUUUUAUUAUCAAAAUAA